UCAUAAUAUUUAUUUUCCUCAAUCCUGCAACCGUGGGAAUAGGAAAAGUAUGGUAGGAAAUCUAAAGAAGUUUUAGUCAAUUUUUUGCGUUCUAGCUCUUGCAUUGGUAAUACAAAUAUAUUGACAACACUAUUACAUAAAAAUGUAUAUUUUGUAUAAUAUACUUACUUUAAUUUCGCUAGUCGUCUGUGAAAUCACUAACGAAGAAAAAUUGAUUGCAAUUCGUGAUGCAAAUAAACGAAAGUUGCAGGACAAUUUAAUCAUUCUUUUGUUGAUAGGUUUACUAAUACUCACAGUUCUUACCAUAUGGCUAUUUAAAUUGAAAAGGUUCAGAUUUUUCCAUGAAACUGGAGUUUGCAUGAUUUACGGAAUUAUUGUUGGUAUGAUAAUAAAAUACACCGGUGGGAGUACUAAAGUUCAAGGUUUUCCUGUGACCAUUAAUUUUACUAAGCCACCAAACUUACUAUGGGUUAAAGGAAAUAAUGAUAGUUACUCAUAUUCUUUGUUGGGUAUUCUAAAAACAAAAGUUAUCAACAAAGAAGGCGAGUUCGAAACAAAGGCAGUGUUUGAUCCUGAAAUCUUUUUUUAUGCAUUACUUCCACCAAUUAUUUUUUAUGCAGGAUAUGAUAUGAAAAAGAGAUUUUUCUUUCGGAAUCUCGGUGCUAUUUUAACGUAUGCCUUUUUUGGAACAAUUAUUUCUUGUUUUGUGUUUGGGGGUUUGAUGUAUGGUUUUGUAAGAAUGUUUUCUGUCUAUAAAGAUUUUUCGUUUCAAGAUUGUUUGUUGUUUGGUUCUGUUAUCUCAGCUACUGAUCCAGUUACUGUGUUAGCAAUCUUUCAUGAUCUACAUGUAGAUGUUGAUUUAUACGCCUUGGCAUUUGGUGAAAGCAUUUUAAAUGAUGCUGUUUCCAUCGUUUUAUAUAAGUCCGUAGAAUCAUACAGUUCACAGGCCUUUGUUUUUACUUCUUUUUUAAAAUCAAUUGGAGAAUUUGUUGCAGUUUUCGGAGGAUCAUUAUUAAUUGGAAGUAUUAUGGGAUUAGGAAAUGCUUUACUAACUAAGUUAACUCACUUAUAUCAAUUUCCUCAGUUGGAGACAGCUUUGUUUACAUUGAUGAGUUAUAGUACAUUCUUAAUAGCAGAAGCUGCUGAAUUAACUGGUAUUGUUGCAGUACUGUUCUGUGGAAUAUCCCAGGCUCAUUAUACUUUCAACAAUCUAUCAGACCAAUCAAAGAGUGCAACAAAAGAAGUGUUUGGACUUCUAAAUUUUCUUGCUGAAAACUUUAUUUUUUGUUAUAUGGGUUUAACAUUGUUUACAUUUGAGCGCCAUCAAUGGGAUAUAGGUUUUAUUGGUUGGGCAUUUUUAGCUACAGCUGUGUCCCGAUUUUGUAAUGUGUAUCCUUUAUCCUUUUUAAUGAAUUUAAAAAGAAGCAAGAAGAUACCCAUGAAUUUUCAGCACAUGCUUUUUUUUGCUGGUUUAAGAGGAGCAAUGGCUUUUGCUUUAGCUAUUAGAAACACUGAAAGUGCUGCAAGACAGCUCAUACUUACAAGUACUUUGAUUAUUGCUAUUGCCACAGUUGUAUUUAAUGGAAGUUUGACCACUUAUGCGUUAAUGAAACUUGGUAUAAAAGUUAAUGUUGACCCAGAUGAUGAAAUUUCUAAAGAAACCAGAUUGAAUAGCAGAGGUGAGGAAGUUGAGGAUAUAUCUUAUGAGCGUUCUUGGUUGGUUCGCAAAUGGCAUUACUUUGAUAUCAAAUAUAUGAAACCAUUAUUUACUAACAAUGGUGGAUCAUUAGUUCUCCCUGGUAUAUGUUCUUCUAUAUGCCCUUGUUUUUCGAAACCUCCUCAUACACAGUUAGUUAACGAAGUUUAUGAGAAAAGAGAUAACCAGAGAUUAGAUGGAUCUUCUGAUGAAGAAAUGAUAGACGUAUCUUCUGAUGUAAUGACAAAAUCAAUGAUCACGAAUUCUGAAAACGAAUCUCAAAAUAGUACUAUCAUCAGUCAUACAAGUGAUAUUCCGAUGCUAUAGAUUUUAUGAGCUUUUUUAUGCGUAUUUUUUAUACAUAUUUAUAGUUUCUAAACAUAAAAAUUAAUAAUUAGUUUCUUAAACUUAAUUAUAAUUAUUUAUAUUAAAUUUUCAAUUUUUUUUUUAAGUUGCAUAUUUUUUCUAACUAGUUCGUUUUAAUUUUUUUUGUUGUUGUUUUAUGAUCACGUGUAAAUUUUUUGGAAAUAUUGAUCGUAAUUUCUUAUUAAUUAUAUGAAUUAUAAAGUAGUUAUAAGCGA